AUGCUCAAUGCAUUCGGCUUGAUUCUAUUAGCUCUAUAUGUGAUAUUUCGACCACAUCUGAAUAUGGACGAAGUCUUGGGAUCCGCACUGACCAAUAUCCCCGGUGUUGUUGCUUGGUCAAUUCUGACCACUUCGAAAGCUCCCAGAUUGCAUCCACACUGGCAGUAUGAAGUGUGGUUUCAUUUAAUCAUUACACAGGCAGCAAUUAUUCUCAUCUAUCAGUUAUUUCUCCGACCGAAGCAAUUUGUUUACUUGGGCAGAGCGAUCCAAGCACUGCGCAAAAUGAAUUGGACCAUGAUUAUGCGAAAGACAACACAGGAAAUGGAAUUAUCGAUCAAAACUAGUUCAACCCCGCCGUAUGGGGGACAAAUUUUGCGACGCACGUCAACACCGGCCAGCGCACUGUUUCAUCAGUUAAGCGUUUCAUUGGAUUCUGUCAGCUCACUAGAACUAGAUCAAUCUGACAAUAAGUUACGAGCCGUUAAUGCUUAUGUAAGUUGA